CAGAAUUUUACAGUCAGAGAUUAAUUGAUAAAUUAAUAAAUAAAUAACAUUGAUAUUGAUAUUGAGAGAGAAAAGAUAAUUAUAAUUAAGAUUAUCUAAUAAAUUGAUUUAUAUAUAAUAUUAACUAAAAAAGUCAAUAAAAAAGUAUCAGAAAUUUAUUCUAAAUCAACAAAUAAUCAGCAAAAGGCAUUAGUUUUCACAUCAUUUAAGAUAUAAUUUACGUCAUUCUAAGUUGAGAUGGAUAGAACAGAAGGAGACGAUCCUCUUCAUUAAUUCCCUGAUAAUGAUUUCAUAAUUAAUUUCUUAAAUAAUGACACAAAGGGCACACUAGGAGUUCAGAACCAAUUGAUGGGAAAUUAUUCACACAAUAGUUUGUUUGUUGGAGGAGAUAUUGGAUAUUAAACAGGAUUAAGUAAUAAUGCUCCUUACCAAUACCAUAACAUUGAAGACAUUUCAAAGUAUGUCUCGCAACAAAAUACAGGUUUAGGGGAAACAACUGACUAUUAUUCAUAGCAUAUGAGAAAGAAUAAUUCAUAUUAAAUGCAUUCAAACUAAACAUAAUAGUUGUCUUAAAACUCCCACUCUAAUUUAAACUCUCUAAACUAAUAUGGGCAAAGUACUUAAUAGCAACAUAACUAGCAUUCUUAAUAAGGACACAAUGGCGGUCAUUAAUAAAAUCCUUAAUAUUUGUACUAGCCUCCUCACAAUAUUAAACAAGAACAGAAUUAAUACAAUUAAAUGUAAAUUACAAAAUUGGAGGAUCAAAGUAUCUCUGAAUAUUCAAAUACUAAUUAUGGGUCUACCUCCAAUAGCAUUAAAAAGCCAGAGCAUGUUUUUGAAAAGAAUAAAAACCUCUUUAAUUAUAAGAAUAAUUUAAAAAACACCUACAUCAACAAAAUUAGCACUCUCAUUACUGAUAACCCAACUAGUAAGAGCAAGGAAAGACCUGCUCCAAUAGUACCAGAAUAACCUAUUUAGCAAUAGUGGUAUCCAAAGGAUCCCAAGCAAUAGGCUGACGAAAUAUUUAAAGAACCCUUGAAGCCUGGUUAAUUUGGCUACCCUUAAAAUAUGUAAAAUAUUGGAAGCAGCUUUAAGGUACCUACAAAUGCGAAUGUUCAAAUGAAUCCAUAGCAGCUACAAUAAUAGCUAAAAAAAGUAAGAUCUUUCGAUGCCCUCAAAGUUGAUGAAAUAGAGAAAAUGAAUUAGAAGCUGGCCAGAAAUAGAGAAUCUGCAAGAAAUAGCAGAAAAAGAAAGAAAAUAUAUAUUGAAUUGUUAGAAACUAAAGUUGCCACUAUAUCUGAAGAGCUAGAAAAAACAAAGAGAGUUUUAGAAACUAAUAAUUAAUAUUUAAAUAAACUUAGCUUUUAAACAUAGAUUUUGAAUGGAUUCAUUUUCGGAAGAUAGCAAUUAUAUGAAAAAAUAGAAAAAGCUAUUUAAUCACAAGCUGAAGAAAAUGAAAUUAAUUUGAUGCUUGAUUCUCUAAGAUUUAGACUCGGUGCUGCAGGUAAAGAAAGAAUUACAGCUGUUAACUAUUUCUUUAAGUAAAUUCUUGACAUUUGUGUACCAACCCAUUAUCGCUAUUUAUUGUGGAGCUCCUAAGAAUCUUUAGAUAUGUUUAAUGAAGAGGGCACGGAUGCAGAUUAAAGAGCACCUUGGAGACAAGAGCUGAUGAAUACUAUUUCACUUUCUGAAUAACAAAAGAAGUAAAUGCAAAAAUUUAAAAAGCGCUUUACAGCAGAAAAACAAAAACUUGACGAAUUAAUCGAAGGACUUAAUUAAAUGAAAAAGUAGAUAUAAACAAAAACAUAAAAUGUUGAAAACAUAAUCGACGAUAUGCGUAAUGUAUUUACUCCAAUUUAAAAUGCCAAAUUUUUAGUAUUCCUAGAAAAGAAUAAAUAUAGAAGGGAAAUUAGUAAUAUAGCCUUAUGGGAGUCAUUUAAGAAAGAAAAUGGUGAAUAUGACUUUGAUGAAGAAGGAUAAUCUGAUUCAAGUCUACUUAAUCAGCAUAUCUUAGGUUAGUAACCGAAUUUACCUUCUGGAAAUGGCAUGGGAGGUGGAUCUGACCUUGGCUUCAUUUCUUAGUAUUAAAGUAAUGGAGCGGGAAUGCAUAAUAGCUUGGAUAGUAGUGAUAUAAAUUAGAUGUCUGAGGAUGACGAAGAAUCUCAUGUAAAAGCAAAUGAUUAAGAAGGUCCAAGGAAAAAAGUAUAAAUUUAAUAAGGAAAUCAAAACGUUUAUAUGUGA